AUGGCCGACCUGCCUAAAGAGCGAAUUCAGGCCUCGCGCCCAUUCAUAGUCACCGGUGUGGACUACUGUGGGCCAUUUUAUUACAAGCCUGAAGUACGCAAUAAAUCGCCCCACAAAUGUUAUGUAAGCGUUUUCAUUUGCUUCGCCACAAAGGCUGUAUGGAUGGAGUUGGUAAGAGACCUCUCAACAGGUGCUUUCAUUGACGCGCUAAAACGAUUCAUCGCUACGCGUGGCAUACCCAGCUGCAUCUGGUCUGACAAUGCGACGAAUUUUGUAGGCGCCAAGAACGAGCUUAAAGAACUACGGAACUUAGCCCUCAGCGAGAAACACCGCAGCGAAGUCCACAACUUUUGCCUCAGUAAUGGCUUUGAUUGGCGUUUCAUCCCACCUCGCUCUCCGCACUUUGGCGGUUUGUGGGAAGCGGCCGUAAAAACAGCCAAACAACAUUUCUAUCGUUCCGUUGGCUCAUCACUGCUUGGCUUCGAUGAAUUGCGUACUUUG